GAGAGAAUUAAUUUUCGCGAGAUGUAGGGCCUCGGAAAUAUAGCGAAAAAUUAAACCCUCGCGAAAUUUUCUGCUUUUACAAUUACCUAAGAGAAAGAACGAAAGCAAAACAACGUUUUUCACAAUCUCCUAUGCAGUUUUCUCCCCUUGCAGUAAAGAUACCACAUUUUGAUAAAUCGUUUAUUUCAUUAUUGUAGGGAUAAUACACGUUUUUAUAAAUCGUUUUUUUUUGUCAUUAUUGUAGGGAUAAUACACGUUUUUUUUGCGUAUUAACGUCUGCAGAAGCCCGCGGGAAUAUUUGUGACCGAGACCGAAGGUCGCUUUUCUUAAAAACGCUAUUCUAUAAAAAACAUAACACAAUGACUAAAUGUAUUGUUUUCAUAUGUGAUGAUUUUACGAUUCCGGUACACUCUGUUGCUCUUUGGAACGGUAAACAUGUUUAAAAUAUCUAUAACCAGGGCCCAGAAAUCAACAACACUACAAACAUCACGUAAUGAAAGCUUUUAAACAAUUUUUUAAUCUCUUGCUAUUACAAACAUGAAAUUACCAAUAAUUUUUCAUAUGACUUAAACAUUUGGUAAACAGAACAAUUUCAAUAAUAUUAACUUUACAUUCGUGUUAUUUCGAGUACGAACACACUUCGAGUACGGAUGAGUACGAAGCUUUCAAGCUUUUUAUGUAAAUUCUUCGGGAAAUUAGAUUAAAACAUACCGAGUGAUACUUACCAAAAUCAUUUAUAUCAUUCCUGAAAACAAACAAUCGAACAAGUGACACGCAAUUAAUUCUUAAACAUUCACGGUUAUCUACAAAAACUGAAUUGAUGCUGAGUUCAAAAAGGGGAGUAAAGAAGGGAAGAAGCAAGUACGAACAUUGUUGGGGGCAGUGCAUUUGGCGUUGGUAAUUGAUAUGUAGCAAAACUUGCAAUGGAUUAGAUUGCUCCUUUAAUGCUACAAGAAGAGGUUUUCUAUGAAAGAAACAAGACGUAGAUACCAGGUGUCAAUCUACGCAGAAAUACAUAUACGUCCCUUGGAAAGCAUUUCAAAAAUGAAAUCGGGUAUUAACAGCACGUGAAUUGCCUUGUUUGCACAAGAUUUUUCUCCCGUUAAUACAUGGGCGGAUCCAUUGAAAAAAGCGAACGAUCCUGUUUCGACUUGGGCAAAGGACAGAAGGGAAACUAUAUAGGAACUGAGAAGGCUUGGAGAAAACAUCAAAUAUCAUGCUUCAAAUGCAAAGAUUGCGAGUGCCGUGGGAGGUGGUACAAGUGUCGUUGCGGGUAUCGGCGCGGCAGCUUGUUAUUUUGCAGCACCGUUCACUGCUGGAGCAAGUCUUGCUCCAGCGUGGCACUAACCGGAGUUGCUGUUGCUGGAGGUGCCACGUCUAUUGGAGCGUCAGUUACCAAUAAUUUCAUUGAGAAAGGCUACAUGGAAAGUGUCCAGGAAGCUCUAGACAAAGAUAGGAAAUCCUUUGAAAGUCUGAAGAAGGCUAUUGAAGAGGCUAAACAAAUAACACUGGAGGAAGGAUUUGAAGGAGCCUUUAAAGCCGGUAAAUCUCUUCCAGGUGGAGUGAAGUUAGGGACGUCGGUCGCCCGUAGACUUGUUGUAUCCGAAAAGGCAGCAGCCAGUCUCCUGAAGCUGGGGAAUACUGCAAUAUUUGCAAGUCACGCAGUGGCCAUGAUCGCUUUGCCAUUGGAUAUCAUAUUCUUUGUUAAAGAUGUAAUAGAUCUGGCAAAAGGCAACGUAUCCGAAGCUGCUGAUAAAGUUUUUGAAUUAGCCGACCAGCUGCAGAAAGAAUAUGAUGAAAUCAUGGAAGAUAUAGAAUAGCUUUGUUUAAUUGACAUUGUGUUUUCUUUAAUAUUGCCUUCUUUUCACAUUCAAGUUAUCAAUGUUUGACAAUUCGAUCACUGUUCAAGUAAAGACCUGAUGUAAUAAAUCUUAAAGGAAAUCGUAACGUUGCAGAAAAGAAACAGUUGAAUUCUUUAUAUAUAACAAAGUUUUAAGGUUUUUUCUUUCAACCUAUUCAUAAUUAAAAACAUUGUGUUAGGCAAUUUUUAGAGGUAUUAGAAAAUGCUAAUCUUAAUGCAUUGCAUUAGUAAAAAUGAAUAAAGAGAGUAAUUUAUGGAA